CGAUGUUGGUCGAUGGAGGAGUGCGACUUGCCGCCCUGUCUCCACUCCAACUGCCAUUUCCACACACCAUCGAUUGAUCCAUUGAUUGUGAGACAAAUUGACAGUGAUAGUGGGGUGUGAUUGCAAAAGUGUCGGAUGACUCGAGUCAAUUUCUGUCCAUCACACUUGCGACGAUCGAUUGUGAGCGCGAACAAAGAGCAGCGAUUCUGGUGGGCACCUCCAAAGCCCUGCUCCAUGACUGGAGUUCAUGACAAAAAGCCACUCCAUUUGUGAUUGUGUUCGUGACUCUGGAGUAUAUUGUUUUGCCUGGUGCGCUCAGAACUGGACAAGAAAACCACCUUUGCCGCGCCUCUCCGCACCCCUCGUUCUGGCUUGUGCUAUUGCCAACUGGUGGGAAUUUUCUGCAGAUACACAUUUUGUGUUUGUUUAGCAUUUUGAAAUAGUCUUAUCCAAGUGACACAGAAAGACACGACAACAGUCUGGACACGGGUGAAUUAAAAGUGUGUGAUGAGAAAAAUUUACUUUCAGAGACACAAUUGUGUGUGCACGAGACUCUUAAUUGAUAUUCAAGAGCUGGAAGCUUCCUAAAUAGAUGACAGAAACACCUUGAGUAGUUGAGCGACGAAGCACUGGUAUUGCAGCAUUGAAGCAAUUCUUAAAUGAUUAAAAGUAUUCCGGAAGAUCGUGUCGUCCUUCUUGCCUCAUCAUGACUUGGCAUUGGUGGUCUCACUGGUUCUGGAUCACACUGACACUCUCAGUGGCGGUUCAAGCCUUGCCCAUGAGCUCCGUCACAAGCGACACUCACCUGGCUCAGCUCAAGGUGCUCGAGGCGCGUGAGAAGGUGUACAGCAAGAGAGAACCUCUGAAGUUCCCCUUGGCGGUGCAGACGGAUGCUGAAGAUGAGCUCUUCGGCGUAGAUCGCGCCUUCGCGGCCGUUGAGGUGUCGGACGGAGGCCGCUUGAAUUGGAUAUCGCCGCAUCCGCCCGAGAAAGACAAGUCAAUUAAGCGUCCGGAGAAUUCCACGUAUGAAAUCAACCUGAUGGACAGCAAUUCCAGCCACUCGAAUCCCUCCAUGAAUGCCACUGUGGAGAAAACCCCUGAGGAUCAUGGUGAAAAUUCCACCGGAAGCUUGGUGGAGAGCGAAGCCGAGAGGACGGAUGAGAACAGGACCGAGAGUGAGACUGUUCGCCCGGAAGUGGAUCUCGUGCAGAACAACACGGUGGAUUUGGAGGUGCAGCUGCAGGAGAAUGACACUCUCGAAUUGCCGGGGCGCAGAUCCAAGGUGCUCACCGAGUACAGCGAUGAUCUCAGAAUAGCCAACCUCACCACGGAGACGAAGAACCUGCUGGCGCGCUCCGCUGCCUCCUCCGUCACGUCCGUCAACGACGAUGAGCUGGGCAGCGAGCUGUCUGUGCACGCCUAUUCUGCCCAGCACUCCUCUUCGCUCAAUGCCGGAGCCAUUUCCGGCAUUUGCGUGGCUGUUAUGUUCCUGUUUGUGGGCACGGGAGUGAUCGGCAUGUUCCUCUACCGAAGGCGCUACAUCAAUAAGCCCCAGACUCUCAGUGAGCCCGACUCCAGUGGAUACAUCGACGACAGUACAAUAAGAGACAAUUCUGACGAGAUGUACAGUUUGGAUAAUGACUCCUUCCUGAAUUCUCUGGAGGCGAUGACGAUCCAAAACUACUGGACGGACAAUGUGAAACAUACAAAACUUUAGUAAUCAGGAAUUGAGAGCCUGCCCCCGUCAAAUCGCGAAGCAAAAGGCAUAUAAAGACAUAUUUCUAAGCUUAAGAGCAAGAUUAGAACGAAGGAUCUUAAUAAUACCUAGGAUUUAAGUACAAGUUGAGAAUUAAUGUAUUUCUUCUAGCGUCCAUGAACCUUGUAAUUUAAGUUUUAUCUCAAGGCAGACAGAAAUAGAUAUUCUUUUUCGCCAAAAUUGUGAUAAAUGUUAGAGUUUCCGUUCAAAUUGAGAUGUUAAAACUCUUGCAGUGAGCCAAUCAAGUAGAGAAAAACUGCUGUAGCAAACCGUCCUUUUCUUUCAUCACACAACUUCCAUGAAUUUCAAUAGAUGUACCCAUAUUUAUAAUGUUAGAGGAUGCAGAAUGUAUAAAUAAAUGUGAAUCAUCCAUUAAA